AUGUCUACCAUAUCCUCAGCCCGUCUUCUGCAGUCUACAUUUGCAGGCUCUGGGAGAAAAGCCUUCGCUUCCCGGGGACCUAUGUCAUCGCAAUGUCUCACACCUCUUAGAUUAAGAGCCAUACCUCGCCAGCCAGCAGCGCCAGCAGGAUUCCACUCUUCGGCUGUUAGGAGUUUUAAAACGGUCGAGGAGGCUAAGUCUCGUUAUCGCAGUGGGCCUUUCUCAUGGAAAGCCGGGCUUCUUUUUCUCCUUUCUGGUGUCGGAUUGACAUUCUAUUUCCGCACAGAGAAGGAGAGAAUGGAACGUAAGAGGAUAGCAGAAAUGUCAAAAGGAGUUGGGAAGCCAAAGGUUGGAGGGCCAUUAAAUUUGGUCGACCACGAAGGGAAAGAGAGGAAGGAUGAGGACUGGAGGGGAAAGUUUAUGUUGGUCUAUUUUGGCUUCACACGUUGCCCAGAUAUAUGCCCCGAGGAAUUGGACAAAAUGGCAGAAAUGAUCGAUUUGGUUAAAAAGAGCAAAGGGAACGUUAUGACACCAAUUUUCAUUACUUGCGAUCCUGCUCGGGAUACUCCCCCAGUGAUGAAGGAAUACCUGGCCGAAUUCCACCCUGAUAUUGUUGGACUGACAGGGACAUACGACCAAAUCAAGCAAACCUGCAAAUCAUAUCGUGUAUAUUUUUCCACGCCACCUGAUAUUAAACCAGGCCAAGAUUACCUUGUAGACCACUCUAUCUACUUUUAUCUUAUGGAUCCUGAAGGGGAUUUCGUCGAGGCACUAGGAAGACAGCAUACACCCGAGCAAGCCGCAAAGCUUAUCUCCAAACACAUCGGGGACUGGGAGGGCCCGUUGAAAAAGUGA